UAAAAAAUAAGUAAACCUUCAAACUUGGGGGGGUGAAAUUGAGCCGUUGGAAAAUGUGCAUCACGCUGUCACAUGAAACGCGUUCUGCCAAGCCUCUAGCGUGAGGGGGCCUUGGGACGCUUCACGUCUCCAUCCUUGCACUCUCUGUUUGCUCGUCUCCCACCUUUUUCCAGCAUUCACCAGCUCGACUUUCUUGGUUACCGCUAAAAGGACUACAAGGAAGGACAAGGGUCAAACAAAGGGUUAUGGAGGAAAAUAGGAGAAUGUUGUAAAUCAAAUUCGCGGAAUCCCCCGACAUUUCUCGCUCCCCAUGACCCUAUUACAUUCUAUUCUAUUCGCCGUCGCUCACGACUGUUAAAUUUUACUCACUAGGAUAUUGCUCAUCCUCGUCAUCGCAUCGCUAUCAGCCAUGGCACCAAAGAGAGAAAUUACAGUUUCUCUAAAGACGCCCAUGCCCAAAGGCUACUCGUUCCUCCCCAAGGGGAACCAGUACAAGACCCUACACUGCCGUCGUCUAACCCACGAAGCAGGAAAGACGCUCUUCGUUGUCGAAGAUGGUAGGAAAGCCGUCGGAAUCCGGGUGCCCAAGUCCAUCUUCUUCCAUGUUCAGUCGCUCGCCCGCCAGACGCUGUCCUCCCGCAUCGCUGCAACCGAGAGACGCGAUGCCAACCUCAUACAUCAAGCCCAAGCCGAGUUAACCAUCCUGUUCCCGAAGAUGCCGAAGAACGAGACCGAGGUCGUAUUGAAGCGAGCAUUCCGAAAAAACUCCGGGAGGGUCGGUAGGACAACGCAGAUUAGCAUGAGGAAGAAGGUGCAGCUGGCUGUCAUCGCUCAUAUCAGGCACGUCCAUACUCAGUAUGAUCAGCUGCUGGACAAUGGAAUGGAGAGGGAAGAUGGGAGGAAAGCAACUUGGAAGGGGGUGCAGGAUGUCCUUCGGCAGUGGAGCUCAAACGCAGGUAAGAGAUAGUUGUGUCCAUCCGCGUGGACAAGGGACUGACCCUUGGCUAUAGACUACUCAUGGUACUCUGAUAAUCUUGUCAGUGAUUCUAGUGACUGAAUGAGAUGCUGGGCGCGUGGUCGGCUUGAGCAGCACGAUUAGCUUGAGCAGGAC